AUGAGAAAUGCUAUUCCAGAUGAUUAUAUUGUAUUUCUCCAAGAACAUGAGGAUGAUAAUGGAAUGAUGGAGGAUGAUCCAAUCAACUUUCAUCAGGCCAUGAAAAGUUCUAAUUCUCAAAAGUGGAUUGAUGCCAUGAAAGAUGAGGAUGAAAAUGGUAAUGUGGAGAGGUAUAAGUCGCGUCUUGUAGCUAAAGGAUAUACUCAGAAAGAAGGUAUUGAUUUUACAAAGACUUUCUCUCCAGUUUCAUUGAAAGACUCUUUAAGGAUAAUCAUGGCGCUUGAAAUGCAAAAGAUUCCCUAUGCAUCAUCUGUUGGAAGUUUAAUGUGUGCACAAGUAUUUAAGCGUCCGGAUAUUGCAUAUAUUGUUGGGAUGUUAGACAGAUAUUUAAGCAACCCUGGUAUAGACCAUUGGAUAGCAGCCAAAAGGGUUAUGAGAUAUCUUCAGAUAACAAAAGAUUACAUGCUUACUUAUAAGAGAUCAGAUCUUUUGGAGGUCGUAGGGUAUUCUGAUUCUGAUUUCGCUGGGUGCCAAGAUAGUAGGAAAUCUACAUCAGGCUAUAUUUACCUAUUAGCUGGAGGAACUAUAUCUUGGAAAAGUGUCAAAUAG